AUGGGUUUCCAACAAAUGGUUGAGGGACGAAUCAGAUAUCGAUAUGAGAAGCUGAGCAGCAAUAUGAAUAUUGAAAAGGUGGCAAGUCCAGGAAGAAGGCAUUGGGUUAAGAAAAUGAAUGGAAGACUGAAAGGUCUUCGUUUAUCGCGCUCUAGGAGGCUUACUUUGAAGGUGUUUUCUGUGGUUGUAUUGUCAAGCAGGAUUGGUAGGAUAUACACUAAAGUUGUCAACAGGAUGAAGAUUGAAGGUGGAUGCCCUGCUAUCAUCUUCUCAACUCAAUGGGGACUUCCUGUUCUAUCUCAUCCUUCUGUUAAAUGUGGGAAGAAGGUUUCCAAUAUUGAUAGGAAGUUAGGAACUUGA